AUGGCAUCAAGAAAGAGACAGUCUGCCUCCAAGAAGGACAGUAUCCAUUUCGUCAAUGCCAGACCUGCCUCCGAGACCGAACGAUUGAAAGCCCAGCGUCAGCGCUGUUCCCCCUUACCCACCAUUGACCGCACCCGUGCCAGUCUCUCCUCAUUCAGCAUCGUCUCGUGUCCCUCAGGCGCUCAUCGUGGGAACAAUCCCGGUCAAAGCUUCGUCUUUGCGACCGACUCCCGCUCCAGCCAGGCUGCAUACCGAGACUCGCCGUUCCCGCCGUCGCAGGCCAGUGAUAGCAGUGAUAGCAGUAGCAGCGACGAUGCGAGUACCAUGUCCGAGUUCUCCCAGGCCCUCGCGGUCAUCCGGUUCAAUGAUCGCUCUUCUCCUGAGCGGCUUGAACGCAAUGUCUCUGGAGUCCUUGACCCGUUCGCCACAUACCCCGCUCCGGCGAGCUUCGAGCCAGAGAUAAUUAAUUUAUCGGAGCGCUAUCUCACAGGUGUGGUGUGGCCGGGACUUGCUCCGCGUCCACGGAACGUCAGAGCUACGGCGAAUAAGUGGUUCGAUCUGUCCAUGGCGGACCCGGCUUUGUUUACGGCAUUCAUGUUUGGUUCGCUGUGUCACCUCCGUGUACAAUGGCAGAAUAACUGGGUACCCGGCACGGUAUUUGGGCCGAAGGAACGUCGUGCGCUGGUGCUAUGUGAAAUAGAAUCCAUCAAGCUGAUCAACGAGGCUGUUCACGAUCCCGACCGCGCGGCCAGUGAUGCUGUUCUCCUCAGUGUCAUUUGCAUGGCUCAUCAUCAGGCCGAUGAGGAAUCGGUGCACCAGCAUCGCAGAACACCAUUUAAUCCGCCUUUCCCACGACUACAAUGGAUCGAUGUCUAUGGAUGUCUGCCGCCCAAUAUGAUUCACAUCAAAGGAUUAUUGCAGAUGGUCAAACUGCGCGGGGGUUUGGCAAACAUUCACACAGAUGGUCUGGCCGCGACAAUUUCCUUCUCGGAUAUCAUGAGUUGCAGCGUCCUCUGUGUCCACCCGUGCUUUGAUUUCUGGCCCCUUGCCGAUUACCGAUUAGGCUUAUCCAUCCAAGAACUGCUCGGCUUCGGCCCAUCAGACGUUGACCAGGGAUUCGCCCGUUUGCAGGCAAUCGGUGCUACCCGCCAAAUGGCAGAAGCUUUCCAGGCGGUGCACACUUAUAUUGGCAUCAUCAAAGCGAGCCCGAAUGUCACGCAUGAUGUCUCCUUGCUCGUCGACCAGCGCAAUCUGACCCAACAUACUCUCCUCUGUCUCGCUCCAGCCUCAGAGCUCCACACCUUCUUCUCCCAUCCAACACACGCCGCCACCUAUGAAGCCUGUCGUCUAGCGGCGCUAAUCUUCGGGGUUGGCGUCCUCUUCCCAAUCCCCGCACAGAACACACCCCUGAAUACGCUAGCCCGCCGUAUCCAAUCCGUUCUCCUCCAACCCUCCUCCACAGGCUUGUGGACUUCAUCAUCCACGCGUUGCCCUCUAAUUUGGAUCUUGACCCUUGGCGGUAUCGCAGCGAACGAUACCCCUGAACGCGCCUGGUUCGCAUCUGCUCUAGGAGAUACUGCCCGCAAGACUGGUCUGAAUUCAUGGGCCAAUGUCAAAUCAGUCCUUGGUUCUAUGUUAUGGUACGAUGCUGCCUGCGAUGCUGCUGGGGAGGCUCUCUGGCAAGAGAACGCAGGCAGGUAUAGCUACGCCAUCCAAUGA